GCCAGCUAAUCAGCCAACAAACCAAACAAAGCAACAACAAAGCAAACCAGUCCCAAGUGACAGCAGCUAACUAAAAGCAAUCCGCCCUAGUGAAUAUUGGGCGUGAACUGAUAUAUCAAACUAAAUUGAAAGUGUGAAAAAAGAAGCAACAAAUAAGUGCAAGUCUGUGGGUUUCGACCACCAAACUACACCACAGAAACUAAUUUUCGGAGGGCCAGAGACCAGGCAAUGUCAUUGGAGGAACUCAGAACAACACUGCGACGUUAUCCGAAGCUUGUGGGCCUUGGUGGAGUUGGUAUUUUGACCACUGCUGGAAUCUUACUCUACGGUAGUCCCCAAGCUCGUAAUUUCUUUGGUCAAUAUGUGGACAAGAAGGCCCCCGAGUCGGACAAGCGUCGCGCGGAAUACAUCUACAUAAAAUAUCACAUCUACAGGGAGUCCAUGCGCAAGAUGCAGCAGAAGCAGGAGGAGGAGAAAAAGUGGAUCAGCGUUAUCAUCAAUCCCAUUGGCAAAUGGUGGAAGACGGCCAAGCAUUCAGCGGCCUGGCGUCUGCUCAAUAUUGCCCAGACUGGCAGCCAGCCCGAGCGUUUGAAGGCAGUCCAGCAAUUGGUCUGCAUGGAUCAUCUCAAGGAUUGGGACUUUCGUCAUUUGGCGCAGAUGUGUGACGCACGCACAGCUGUUUCUCUAGCGCGCUGUGGUGCCGACACACGCUGGUUUAUGCCGGUGCAUCGUCGGGGCUGCAUUAAGAAUCCCAAAAUUCUGCUCUCCGAGCUGCACGGAAUGCUGGCUCGCUUGCGACCCAUGGGCUGUGUGCAGCAUUUCUUCAGCAAAUACUUUCCCGAACAGGAUCCCAUUGAGGACAUACACGAAUAUAUGAAUGAGGAGCAAACGAUUGUUUUGUCCACCGCUGACACGGACUUGCUGAAGGAGAUCAUCUCAUUUCUGCAUCACAUCACCAAAGAUCCUGAAAUUUCGGCUAAAAUUAUCAAAGAUGGUGGCCUGGUGCAUCUCAUGGAACUGCGCAAGAUCUUCUGCGAUGACAACGAGACCCUGUCCACACUGUGCAAAGUUCUGGCCAACAUGUCUGUGGUGCCCGAUGUCGUAGAGCACUUCUUUACCACUGGCUGGGUGGGAACUCUAGCCGAAUGGCAACAGUGCCCCGAUCUCAGGCUGCAAGUGGUCUCGGCCAAGACAAUGGCCAAUCUGGAUCACGAUGAUCCCAACCAGUGCACAUAUCCACCCAAUGUUUAUCCCCUGCAUCCCAGAGUGCGCACCCGUCGCAAGCCCAAGGCAGACAUUGUCUUUGUCCAUGGGCUGCUCGGUGGCGUAUUCAUCACGUGGCGUCAGCGCGACAGGAAGCCCACAGAGUUGGGACUAUACGGCAAGAAUGCCUUCUACACCAGCGAAACGGACGAUGUGUUUCUUGUGGGCGAACAGAAGCGUGUCAAUGGCAACAAACAUAAGAAGGCCCAAGGCAGGCCACUGGUUCCAGCACAAAAUGCUGCAGAGGCAAACAAAACGAAUGGCCAGCCCAAAACGGACGGUUUCAAAGAUCCAGUUUUAAAGACCAUCAAAAAGGUGGAUGAAGAACCUCUUAAGAUCAGCGAUGCUGCCACCAAGGAAUUUGUGGAGACCCUACGCAGUCAGGCUGAACUGGACUCGGAUUGGGAGGUGGUCCAUCCGGAUGUACCAUUGGAUGCCAAUAACGACUGUGGGGGCAAGUUCAGUGUGUCCGGCAACGAGUGGCGUAAUCAGGAGAGCAGCGAGGAAUACACAAACUGCUGGCCCAUGGAAUGGCUGCCCGACGAUUAUCCCGACUCGAGAAUCAUUGGCAUUGACUACACAUCGGCUGUGACCGAAUGGUCGGCGAAUUUCACCAAAUAUUGUCCCUGCGAGAAGGGCCAAGGACAUAUCGAUGUGAGAGCCAGCACACUGCUGGAACGUAUUGCUGUCUCGGAUGUGGGCAAUGAGCGUCCCAUUGUCUGGAUUGGUCAUUCCAUGGGCGGACUGCUCACCAAGCUGAUCAUCUUAAAGUCCAUGGACUCGCAUGAGCCGAAGGUACAACAGAUUGCCAAGAACACCAAGGGAAUCGUAUUCCUGGGCACGCCACAUCGCGGCUCAUCUAUUGCCAAGUGGCAGCAGCACAUACAGAUGAUUCUCUCCCCCUCGAUUGAAGUCAAGGAGAUGGAAGAGAAUGCUCCCAAGCUGCUCGAGAUGCAUCGCCGGUUCAUGGGCUGCCUGAACACUGCCCUGCGACAUGUCAAAGUAAUGAGCGUGGCCGAGGGUUCACCCACAAUGCUGACAACCUUUAAAUUCCCCCUGCGCAUUGUCACUGAGGAAUCGGCUCGCAUCAAUUUCGGUGACUUUUAUCUGCUAAAAGACGACCAUCUCAGCCUGUCCAAGCCCAUCUACAGGCAGUCGUUCCUCUAUCAGCGUCUCCUGCAUGUGAUACGGGAUUCUGUCAAAGAUCGAACACCCGAAACCAAGGACCAGGAGGAAAAGCCGCAAAGCACACCCAACCAGGAAGUAGUUCUAAUGAAUAUUGUGUCUGCCCUGCUCAACGGUGCCAAGGGACUGUUUGAACUUCUGCCCCGUGUCGCUGUGCGAUUCAAUACUUAGGAAAUAGAGCUCAGAUUCCGCCCACACACACCUGUACCUCGACUGCAUAUUAAUCAAUAAGUUUAUAUGUAGUUGAUCCACUUUAGUAUAUAGUUUUACAAGUAUUCCUCACUCAUGAGGCUCUACAAAUCCAUCCAUCAUGACUUGGAGGAGCCGCAAAAGCUCCUUGUAAAUACGCACAUAUAUUUUGUAGGCUUUCUUACUCGCGAAUCUUAAUUUAUUUCUCCUCAAUAAAAUUGCUUACUUUGUACACAUA